AUGGCCUCCCCACCCUCCACCGACGAUGCGUCCACGCCGAGACAUGCAUCUGCACCCAGCCACACCAUCCGCGCGCUCGCAACGCUGACCCCUCCCUCCAAUUCGCGCACCUGGCAAACGGCGCCCCAUCCAUCGUCGCCCAUUGUCGCAACAGCAUGUUCCGACCGCACCGUGCGCGUUUACAGUCUCACCUCCUUCACACUCCUCCACAGCAUCACCGGCGGGCACAAACGCAGCGUACGCAGCGUGUCUUGGAAGCCGCAUGUGCGGGGGCAGGACGUGCUUGCGACGGGGAGCUUCGAUGCUAGCGCGGGGAUCUGGCGGCGACAACAAAACCGCCUCGAGACGGAGAUCACUGGAGAGGGCGGCGAUGACGAAGAAGAGGAAGAUGAAUACCAAUUCGCCUGUAUACUUGACGGUCACGAGUCCGAGAUUAAAAGCUUGAACUGGAGUCCCAGCGGCCAGUAUCUUGCUACUUGCAGCAGGGACAAGAGCGUGUGGUUAUGGGAGGAGCUCGAGGAGGAUAAUUUCGAGACUGUGGCUGUGCUGCAGGAGCAUGAUGGCGAUGUCAAAUGUGUCGCGUGGCAUCCCGAGGAGGAUCUGCUGGUCAGUGCGAGUUACGAUGACACGGUGAGGCUGUAUAGGGAGGAUGCGGAUGAUUGGGUGCAGGUAUCGUGUAUCACGGGGCAUAAGAAGACGGUGUGGUGGGCGGAGUUCGAGGGGAGUGCUCUGUCGAAGAAAGAUUUCCGGGCACAGCGAGAUAAGUUGGCUGAGGAACAGACAAGACAUAUGGAGGAGCUGGAAAAGUCGGGGCCAAGGUUGGCUACGUGCUCAGAUGACUGCACAGUCCGGAUAUGGAGGCGGAAAGCGAGAGAAAGAGGGCACGGUACGAAUGAUGGGAUACCGAGUAUCAUCCGCAGCUCUGCUAUCGACGAGGACUGGUAUGAAGAAGCUGUACUUCCCCAGAGGCAUGAGCGCGCCGUCUACUCCGUCUCAUGGUCGCAGCGAACUGGCAUGAUUGUAUCUGCUGGCAGCGAUGGGAAGAUCAUUGUGUACAAGGAGAAGUGGAAGACACCUUCACCAGGCAAAUUAGAUGCAACGAAGGUCAAUGGCGACGGCAAUACUACGGUCCCGGACGUUGAUGCGCCGCUUACGGAGUGGGUUGUUGUUGCGGAGUUGUUCUCGGCGCACGAUGUUUUCGAGGUUAAUCAUGUUGUUUGGGCGGACAGGGCGGACAAGGGAAAGAGAGAAGGCGAAGAGGUUAUCUUAAGUACUGGUGAUGAUGGCGAGGUCAGAGUUUGGGUGCUGGAUGAGCAGCAAGAAGUUGCACCAUAA